CUUUUCCAAGAAUUGCCUGCCUGCUGUGCCUCGGCCAAGUAAGGAAUGAUAUGUCCAGAACAUCAUGCUCCAGGUGUUCCUAGAAAGACAACCCUGUGUGCCUCAAUAGCCAUUAUACACAAACCACUUCCUCACCUGUGCUCGCUUUCCCUUGUGGCAGCCUCUGAAGAAGGAGAGAACAUACUUCUCUGAGAGAACAUACUUCUCAUACUUUCUCUGAAAAAAAUGAAGUGAUUUUGCUAGCCUAACACACAGGCUAGAAAAAGCACUUCAUUUUGGACUCCCUCUUCCCUUUGGCAAGCUCCUCUCUUGCUAAGCAGUUCCCUCCUUGGAUGAGUGACUGCCAUUUAUUUCAUUAACUAACUUUUUCUGUUGACUCAUGGAAAAGAAGAUCAGCUUGUCCCCUUCCCUCCAAGUGCUUCUUUCCCCACUGUGCGCCAACACAGGGACAACAUGCAUCAUCCCAGGCUGCAUGGGAAUCUCUGCUCCACUGCCUGGAGCUCUUCCUUCCCCUCCAUCUUCCCUUACUGUGGACUCUGCAGGGGAUUUCUCUCACGUAUUCUCACUCUCUCACAGCUGCUCCUGCACAGUGUUUCUGAAUCACAGAGGCACUACCAAUAUUACCAGUGAGCUCAGCUUUGACCAGCGGCAGGGUCAUCUUGGAGUCAGCUGGAACUGGCUACUGCCACCACAGGGGUGGCAGAUUCUGGAUCUUCUCACAUCAGGCAGCCAUGCAGCCCCCUUGCUACCAAAACCUUUCCUUGUAAACCCAAUGCAUCAUCAUCUGUGAUACAAUUGAUUAUAUAAGGAAGCUCUCUGGGAUAUAUGUGUCAUUUUGAAAAAGUCCCUUUGGCUAUUUCCUUUGGCGUGUUUCUGGCUGUUUAGAGGAGUAAGCUUAACUCUAGUAAGGCCGACAAACUCAAGUGAUGCAUUUGAAAUGUUUGUAUAGGGAACUGGGGAUGGUGUGGCUGGAUUCUCUCCCUUCAUAUCUUUGCGUGGAGCAACAAUUGACAUUUUUGUAGUUUUCUGAAGCAAAAUGGGCUGCAACAAUGUUGGCCAAAUGGCAUGCAUCCCGAGAAAGAGCUCAUCCAGCAUGAAAACCUGGCAGCAACAGCAGUCUCCAGGUAUUUAUCUUGCUAUGGCAGUGUUUUCUUCCUUAAAAUAUGCCUCGUGAUGAAUGAGGAGGUGAAACAGCGCUGCUCUGCAGGGAUGUGCCUCAGUUCUGCAGGAAUGCCCAGCAGAGGGAGCCGCGUCCCUUCAUGUCGCUGUCCUUGUGCUCUGAUAGCCUGUCAUCUAUUUAGGAGAUGAAAGAUGAGAGGCGCGGAGCUGCCAAAUUCCCAUUUGGUGGACACAUCUUUUUCCACAUUGAAUAAUUCCUGAUCGUUUUCUUUGCCACUUUAGCACCAACAGAGUUGUGCGUGCCUUUUAAAUCCUGCAUUAGGGCAGUGGAGAUCAAGCUUCAGCACUGCCAGCAACUGCCAGUAGCACUGCCUGUAACAGAAGAGUUUGCUUCUGGUUUUAAUUCCUAGUUUCAGGAUUUGUAAGAGUUAAUACCCAGCAAAGCUUGGCUGUCAUGGCUUGACUCGCACGAAAAACUUUGACCUAAUACCACACUGCCCACCAUGGCCAAGGAAAGCUAUCCACUGCUACACAUGCAAUAGUUGCAGAUUUUCUUGGUUCACAGAAAUUUAUCGCUCUGCCUUUGGAGCAAUGGUGAGUGAAGGUGGACAUUCAAAGGGCUUGAGACCAUUCCACAUGAGGAUUCUAGCAACACAUCUAUGGACUGAUGUCCAAUGAGGUGCUGUUUGUUCAAAAACGAACAAAAAGGUGAUGUGACUUAUUGCAGACAGGUAGAAAUAUUAUAAAAGAAAGGUCUUAUUAAAUAUGGUUUAGGCCCUGCUACUCUAGUUAAGCUAGCAGUAGCUUGUAAGUUCCCAUAAGGAAAAGUCAUAAGAAUGAAGACAGUUAACACUACAACCUAUUUUAAUAAGAAAAAUCAGUUUGCACCUGCAUAAACAAUAGAUCUGUCCCAUGAGAGUCAGUGAAGAAAAUACAUCAACAAUCCAAGAAUAGAGAGAUUUGAUGGAAAGGAAAAAUGCAAGUUUCUAACCAAUUAAUUGAGUGGCAAGAAAACUAGUAGCCAAUUGGAGUUGAACACAAGGUCUGUGAAAACUGUAUAAAAAUGAAUUAUGUUAGUAAAGAAUUGUCUUUUUCUGCUUGAGGAAACUGAGUUCUGUCUGUUUAUAAAUGCAACACGACUUGCCUGAGUUCCAGUAAUGACACCAAGCAGCAGUAUUUAAGGAGAUACACACACUUCAAAUGUUGCCUGUUGCUUAGUAGGGCUGCUCUUUCCCCUGUUUCUUGUAUUGUGGGGAAGAUAGGAGCUGUGGGAUGGAAGCUGUGUUGGGUCUGGAUGAGGCCUUAGGUAUUCCUGCCUGUGCUUGGGUGGGUACGGGGGGAAGGUGCCUUCCAAGGAAAAAUGAAAUGUUAAAGCAACCAUGCGGCCCUUUGCCAUCGCUGGCUAUUGGCAGCAUUGGACCAUCCCCCUCAGCCAUCUUCACCAAAAGUCCUUGGAGCAGGGCAGAGACAGCACUACUUUUUCUCUCCUAGACAUCAGAACUGCAGAGAGGGACAGCAGGUGCAGGGCAUGCAGGUGGGAGAGAGAAACAUUUCAAAGACGUGGAGGAGAUUGCAAAUCUCUUCCACUGGAGAACGUAAGUGCUCAGAAUGAAAACUUUGUGAUCAUACAUAAGAUAAAGCUGACACUUCCGUCCUGUAGGUGUUAAGUACAGAGGGUGAACUCUCUGGCUUGGGGUUUCAUACAUCUUUAAUGUAACACAGGUCACACAGAGGAAAAGCUCUUCUGGAACUGUGCACUGCUACAGUAAGGACCUUAUCUGCAACUUGGCAUUGCAACAUAAGCUAAGACACUGUUGGAUUAUGGAGCAGAAUUUGACAGACCUGCUGGGAAGCAGUGGCUCUGAGGACAUGUUGAUGAGUUACACCUCACCAACACCUAACUCCUCUGCAGCCUAUGAAUAUGCCUUUGACUACUCAGAACUACACAUCAUCUGUCAUCCUGAAGGUAUUCCAGAAUUUGCAUCUACCUUAUUUCCAGUGCUGUACUCCAUACUGUUUGUGGCAGGCCUCGUGGGAAAUGCUUUGGUUGUUUGGAUUCUGACAGUCUUCAUGAAAAUCAAGACCAUGACUGACGUGUAUCUGCUGAAUCUGACUCUCUCUGACCUCCUCUUGGUAUUCUCCCUGCCCUUCUUGGUUCAGUACUCCGUUGUAAGCCAGUGGACUUUUGGAAAUGCACUGUGUAAAAUCAUCAGCUCAGUGUACUUCAUUGGUUUCUACAGCAAUGUCUUCUUCAUAACCAUCAUGAGCAUCGACAGGUACUUGGCCAUAGUCCACUCCCUCCAUGUGCAAGGGAUUCGGACAGCUGCCAUUGGGUUUAUCACCAGUCUGGUUGUUUGGGUAGUUGCCAUUUUAGCAUCAUUACCAGACUUACUUUUUUUCCAAGAAGUAAAUGACAAUAACCAGAUUAAGUGCCUCCCUCAUUAUCCUAGUGGCAGCAAUGGCUGGAAGACUUUCAGUAAUUUUGAAGUCAACAUUCUGGGGUGGCUAAUACCUGUUUUUGUCCUCAUUUUCUGCUAUCACAGCAUCUUGAAAAACCUGCAGAAGUGCCAUACCAAGAACAAGUACAAAGCAAUAAAACUGGUUUUUAUUGUUGUCAUUUUGUUCUUUCUCUCCUGGACCCCUGUCAACAUUGUGCUCUUUUUGGAUUCUCUGAGGAACAUGCACAUCAUCAAUGACUGCCAGACAAGCCAAAGGCUAGACCUAGCUGUGGAGCUGACUGAGGCACUCUCCUAUGUCCACUGCUGCCUCAACCCAGUCAUCUAUGCUUUUGUGGGUGAGAAGUUCAAGAAGCACCUCUGUGAUGCUUUAAAAAAAUCUGCAUGUUUUCUGUCCAACUGCAAAGGCUACGGGGCUUUCAGUGGGCACAGCCUGGACAAGCACUCCUCUCUGCACACAAAGUCCUCACAGUUGUCUUCUGUUGGCACUGUGUUGUAGAACUACAAGUCCAAAACUAUAAUUCUGGACAGGUGACCUAAAACUGACAAAUCCUCAACUGGGCAUCCACAGACAUGGGCUGUUUGAGCAACCUUUUAGGACAUGAAAAGUGGAAGCAGCUGCUUGAUUUUGCUUUUAUUGUGGUUGCUUUUGUGUUCGCACUUUUUAGAGGUUUUUAGGGUUUUUUUUAGCAUAUCCUCCCUUUCUCUCAGCACAUCCUGCCUUGCUUGCUUUGUGAAAUUACCAGCAGACUCCCACUGCCAGAGCAACAUGGAGAGGUACCUUAGAAAAAUACCAUCUCCCCUUCAGACUCAGUAUUGAAAAGAACUGUUUAUGUUUCCAAACCCUGGACCCUUGGCCAUUCCUUCUCUUGUCUCAGCAGAGUGUGUUGUCUUUGUGAGCAGGGAUGGGACUCGCUGCAGAAGUGGGAACCUGCUCUUUGGAGGGAAAUGGGGCCCAAGUUUAAGGUGUCAUGCCAGGGCCUGGCUCCCAGUUGACAGAUCUGAACAAUGCUUCCAGUCCCAGAAGAGCUUAGUGAGUGAGUAAUUGGAUAAGCAACCAAGAAAUAAAUGCUGUCUACGUGUUUAGGUAAAAUCAAUGUGAAUUAAUAUCUAUGUAUGAUCCUGACUCCCCAUAUGCUACCAGGGCCUGCAGCUUCUUGACUGGAAGGCUUUGAAGCUGUAGCUUAGAAAUGAUGCUGUGGACAUCAAGGAACAGCCCCUACGGGAAUGAAUGAGUGCUGUAGGAAUGGAUGGAGAAAUUGUUACCAGUAAAACGGCUGAAGAGUGGAAAAAAUAGUGGGUGUGAGCUGUCACACUUCCCUGUCAGGGGAUUUCUGAACAUUUUUGAACGGUAGCUAGUGUACCAGUGAGGUCACUGCUCUUGAAUAGGCAGCUGGGAUUGACAUUCCAGUUACUGUUCCAACUUGGAAUGACCGAUUUUAUAUAUGUGAAUGGCUACCCAUUUGUAUAGAUAUAUCUAUAUGUAUCUAUAUGUAUAGAGCUAUGUACACAUACAUGCAUAUCUAUACUUGACUCUGUGUGUAUAUAUACACAAAUACACACCGAUAUGCCCAUAUAUAUACAUAUACAUACUUCUAUAUGUGCAAAUAUUGUUAGAUAAAUGCAAUGGUUUUCUAAAGCUUUUUGUUCUCUUUCUCCCUGCAAGAUAUCACCAUGUUUUAAAUUUUAUAAUAAAGAUACUUUGUGAAGUGUAAUAGCACAGUCUUUACA